UAUAUGGCCAGCUGGCAGCCUGUGCCUCAUCUAGACUGUCCACUAUGGAACGUAAGUGGGAUGACUGGCACGAGAGAGAAUGGCAAUCAAAACGACAGCCCCAGAAUGACGGAUGACCGGAGCUCACAAAUGGACGUGGGGGAACAGCCCGGAAUGCGAAGUGAGGAAGAGAGAUUCCGAACUUUUCACAACUGGCCAAGAGAUGCUCCGGUGAACCCCGCGGACCUUGCACGAGCGGGCUUUUACUUUUUGGGAUACGGUGAUACGGUUCGAUGUUUCUGCUGUGAGGGGGUACUGAGAUACUGGGUACAUGGGGACAGCCCACUCGAUGAACACAGGAGACACUUUCCAUCGUGCGACUUUGUGCUGGGUAGAGAUGUGGGAAAUAUACAACGCUUCCCUCAGCCAGGACCUACGGAUUCGGUCGAUGGCCAACUCCUGACCCAACUCCAGAGGAUGACUGUUGACGAUCAAGCAGUUGCUGGACAAGCUGUAUACCCGGAAAUGGAGUCGGAGGAUACGAGGUUGUCAACUUUCCACAACUGGCCAACCACCGCGCCGGUCCAGCCUGAUAUUCUUGCCCAAGCAGGCUUUUUCUACACGGGCCAGGGUGACAAUGUGAAGUGCUUUUUUUGUGACGGAGGGCUGAGGAACUGGGAACCAGGAGAUGACCCGUGGCAUGAGCAUGCCAAGUGGUUUCCACGGUGUGAGUUUUUGAUACAGUCGAGAGGACGUGAAUAUGUCAGUAAUAUCCAGGAGUCUUAUUUUCACAGAGGAGGUUCAGCGGGCUCUACAGCAGGAAACACAACUGCAGCCCAUGAGGUGUUUGGGGGGCAGAGUCCGUCAUCUGCACUGUUGUCCCCUGUAGUGCAAACGGUGCUACAAAUGGGCUUCCGGGCCAGCCUGGUGGAGAGUCUGGUUCAGACCCGCUAUCUGCUGACAGGCCGCCACUACACCUCAGUGUCUGACCUGGUGGCUGACGUGCUUCAGGCCGAGGAAGAGGACAGGCAGAGAGGAGAUCAGACCACAGAACCUGUGGAGAGACAGAGCACCAGUUCUGGAGGGAUGAGAGCACAGGUCACAGCCAAGGACAAAGAUUUGAGUGCAGAGGAGCAGCUGAGGCAGUUACAGGAGGAGCGCACAUGUAAGGUGUGCAUGGACAAACUGGUGUCCAUCGUCUUCAUCCCGUGUGGCCACCUGGUGGUGUGUGCUGAUUGCGCAGCAAGUUUACACCACUGCCCCAUCUGUAGGGCGGUCAUCCGGGGCAGCGUCCGCGCCUUCAUGUCCUGAGCGCCGUGCGUGAUCCGACGUCUGAAGAGAGAAACUGCUUUAUUACA